AAAUACCUUAAAAAGAAACUUUAUUAAAUGUGCAUUCAAAUUUCAAAAUUGUAAAAAAUAAAAAUAACGUAAAUAAAUUAAAAAAUUAUGUAAACAUUGCAAUUUAAUUAUCGCAGCCGUCACCUGUGGCGCUGCUAGCGCUAUUAGUUUUUUAGUAUUAAAAAAUAAACUCGAAUAAAAUGGAUAAAUUAUAAUCGUCUGCAAUAUCGCCAGUUUUAAUUAUAUAUAAAAUAAACAUGAUAACUGCAGAUUAAAAAUAUGCUAUUAGUGAGAGUGUGAAUUAUGCGGAAAGACAAGCUGAAAGCUAAAACAUGGGAAAGAGACAGAAGGCAACGCAUGGACACAUGCUACAAUACACUAGGAGAAUUAUUACCACCUCAUCAAGAAGGGAGAAAACGAAACAAAGUCGAGAUUCUUCUUCACGCUACAAAAUAUAUAAGGGACCUACAUAAUCGCACUGAUGAAUUGUUUUGUACUCGUGGUACUGCGGCGUACAAAGAAGAAUUGUCACGAUUAAAGAAACUGAUAACUCAGUUAUUGUCGCAUAUUCAGUUGCUCUCAACUCUCUUGAAAGAAGCUGGCAUCGCUGUACCUGCUGAACCAACUUUAGAAAAAAUCUCUCCAAAAUUGUCUGAUAUGAAGGAAUGCAUUAUUAAAGAACAAGGUAAAAAACCAGAAAAAGCAAAGCGAAGAAGUCCACUUAAAUCAAGUUUGAAGAAGAAUUCUCCCAAGUCUUCCGUACGUAAAAAUUUUACUGCAAAUGACAAAAGUGCUAUUGAAAAUCAAGAAAAUUGUAUUAAUGGAAUAGCAAAUAAAGAUGAUGACUCUCGUAAGGCGAACACUAAAUCCUCUGCAAGCACGGUGACAAUUUCGGAACAAACUGACGAUGCACAAGUUACUUCAGCACCAUAUACAGGUAAACCAAUUAAACGCAAAGCAGUUAAAAGAGCAAAAAAGGAGAAAGUAGAGAAGAAAUCAUCAACAGCCAAUAAUGGUUCAAUUACAAAUCUUCCUCCAGGAGCACUUGUUUUUUCCGGAACAAAAUUAAUGCCAGUGAAUCCCAUUAUUUUAAACAAUUCACAGCAGAAUUCGAUGAUAGUUAAUCAGCAUUCUACCAGUAAUCCAAUAAUCUUGAAUAAUACUCAACAGAAUCAAAUGAUUGUUAAUCAACAACACACUAAUUCCAUAAUUUUAAACAACGCUCAGCAAAAUCAAAUGAUUGUCGUCCAUCCAUUGCAAGCGAAUCAUGUUCAAAAUUCUGUUAUUUCCUUGCAAAAUCAAACGUCAAUUCAAAAUAUUAUUCCAAGCACGUCGAAAAUUCCACGAAUAUCAAAUUUAGCUAGUGUUUCAACAAUUACAGGUGUACAAAAUUUACAGAAAACUAUAACAAGCGAUGAUAUCGUUAAUUUAAAGAAUAUCGCUGAUAAUUCAAAAAUAGGGGGACAUAAAGCAAUACUACCAAAAUCAGCAUUCACAAAGGCAAUAACAAAAACGACGAUGACUUAUAAAGUUCCCAUUCCUGCAAUUCAUAAAGAGAAAGUUAUUAUUGAAAAGAAGGAGAUCGAAACAGAAGAGCGUCCGAAAGGAAAAUUAUCCAAGUCUUCAAGGAAUCAGAAAGAAAAAAAUCGUGAAAAUUGUGUUUCAGAUGAUAAGACAUCUCUUAAACGAGGUUUAAAUGUGACUGAUGGUAAGAAUCAAGAGACAGAUGUCAAGAAACGAAAAGUCACUAAAAGUGCUGUUGAUAAUGGAAAGUGUUCUCAAGUGAAAAUUACAAGUAUUGUCGAAAUACCAGCAAACUGUAAAACCAUUGGAAAUAUCAAGCAAGCAAUUAAACAUAUAGAACGUGAAUCGGAGAAAAAAUCAAGUCAAGAUUCUUUAGUACCAGAUGAUUCGCAAGGUGAUAAGAAUUGUGAAUUGGAACAAAUAGUUGCAAAGGAUUCAGAAGCUGUAGACCAAAUGGAAACAAACGUCGAUUCAGUGGCGAUAGAUAUUCAACAACAAGGAGAAGAAAAUAAAUCGCAGAAUUUGAAGGAAUCUAUGGAACCAAUUACAGCUUUAGAAGAGACAGAUGGAAAGGAUAAAAUUUCACCUCUUACGUUAGAAUCAACGAAACCAUCAGUCAAUAAUGAAGUUACGAUAGCAAAAACUAACCAAGACUCUGAAAUUGAUGACGGAUUUGAUAAUCUUCUGCAACCAAAUAACACUGAAUCUUUAAUCGUCGAAGAGGAAGUACUGCCUGAAAAUAAUAAAAUUAUUCUGAAUCUCGACACAAAUACAACAACAACAAUGAAACGGGAAUUAAAUGAUUCUACGUGUAAUGAUUCUAAGCAAAGUAAAUCGUUGCAAGAAUCUACUAAAACUUGUAAAGAUGAUUUGAAACCUCUUUCCUACAAUUCAAAUAGUAGUUUUAUCCCAAUAAGUAAUAAAUCAGAAACACUUCAUUCCGAUCUAUCGAAUGACAUAUUUGCUUCACUUCAAGUUCCUUCCAAUUCUCAGAAUCCUGAAUCAAUAUCUCCAACAGCCGCAUUCUUAAUGGCUUUUCCAUUAGUUUCCUCCCUCAGUGGAAAGACGGAAGUUCUUGACGAAGAAAUAAAAGAGGAAUUUAAAUAUCAAAGUCAAACACCUCCAAUGUUGUUGCAAAUCGGUGCAAUCGAACCAAACAGCUUCAAAAUCAAAUCUUCGGCAGCAAAUGAUAUUUCGGAAAAUAAUUCAAAAAAUGACAACCAAGAAGAUAAAUCAUCUGAUGAAGUAAAAUCUCUCUCGAAAGCAAUUGAAAAGGAAAGUACUAAAGAGCCCCUAAAAAUAUCGACAAUUAUCCAUCAAUUAACAUCAGCAUCCCCUACACUAAGCGAUGUUGUUAAUUCAUUUCCCGAAAAUUCAAGAAACAGCACGUCUGAUAAUAACACUGCGAAUAAUUCUGUUUCAAUGAUUAAUGAAUCUUUGAUUUGUCAAGUUUCAGCAGCUACAAACGAGAAAUCCUUAAACUAUGUCUCUGCUAAAAAUGAUAUUUUAACAAUUUCUCCAGAUUCAUUAACUCCAAACAAAAAUGUGAUUCCUAUGAAAUACGAUGACAGUCAGUAUUUAAAGUCUCACAAUGAAAUAGAAUCGAAGAAAAAUCCUCACUAUGACUUCCAUUCAGAAAUUCCCACUUCAACCACAGAUGCGUUUAAUCCCCAAGAAAAUAACGUAUCUUUUAUCAAUCCAGAUAAUAAAAACGUCACCUUUCCAAACACAACCAAUGAAUCUGAACGUAUUUGUCCAGAAGUUAAGUUGCAAGAAAUAUCAUCAACAUCAUCAUCGCCAUCUUCAUCAUCAUUAGCAUCAUUGUCAUCAAUGUGUCAAAAAGAGAAGAUUGACGUCAAUUUACAAAAUAAUUCCACUCCCGAGCAAAUGCACUCGAAAAUUCCCGAAAGAAUCCAACUGAAUGUCCUUGACUCCCACAAUAUUCGAGAAUACGAUUCUUUUAAUACUAUUUUAAGCUCCAAUUGUCCAAGUAAAAUCAUUCAAACAAAUAAUUCCAUUCAAAUUGAAAAUGCAUCAACAAGUGUGGUGGAAUCAAAUUCACAAAAUAUUAAUAAUCCAACGAGUCACCACGACUGUCACAAAACUGUCGAGGCAUUCACCGUGACAAAUACUCAACUUCCAUUUGAAACACCUACAAUUUAUCCCACCACCAGUAAGCAAUCAACCAAUCUCAAUAAAUUGGAGCAGAAAAAUGAAAUUUUCUCAACGAAAAAAGUGGAGACGAAUGAAUUAUCACAAAAUAUAUACGAUAAGAAUAAAUUAAAUGACAAGAAACCUCAAUCAAAUGAUUCUGAAUCAAGCAUUCGAAACACUUAUCAAGGAAAAUCAGAGGAAUCAAUCUCUUACAUUGUACCACCAUUUGGGAAAAGUGAAAAGAAAAUGGCAACUUCUACUGAAAUUUUAAAUGAUAAAAAUAUUAUAUUAAAUUCUUAUUCACAGCAACAAUUUAUUGCUACUUCCAAUUAUGAAGAAAAUACAAUUUCUAAAACUCAAGCAACUACUACAGUUGCUCAAAAUAGUUCAAAUUUCAGUAUUGUUUCAUGGACCACCUUCUCCCCCGCUACUGGAAAUAAUAAUAAUAAUAAUAAUCCAAGUAAUAAUAGCAAUAAUAAUAAUAAUCUUGUUCAAUUUGAUCAAGGAAAUGAUGCCAUCCAAUCGAAAACAAUUGGCGAGAAUUUCAAUUACCUUCCCAUCAAUAAAGAGAGUUUUCCCAAUACAUUACCAAUAACUUCAACAUAUUCCUCAGAUCCGCAAUCUUCCGGUUUUGACAAGUCCAGAAAUAAACAAUCACCCGAAAUGCCAAAAAGAUCAUAUUUGGACAACACGAAAACUCGAAAUGUUCGCUCCAUUCCCACUCUUCAAAAGCAAAAUCGAUCCCAUCAGACUCAACAUCAAAAUCAUUCGCAAAAUCGUAGUCAAAAUCAGAAUCCGCCGCAAAAUCUGCCUCAAAACAAUGCACAGAAUCAAACCCAUACGCAAAAUCAAAAUCAUUCUCAAAACCAUAGUCAAACACAAAAUCCAAAUCACACUCAAAAUACCAUCGCAAAUGAGUAUAAAUUUGUGAACGAUGGUAAAAAUAAAAUAAAGUACACGGAACUCGACUACAUGCAGAAUGAUUAUUCGGGAAUUGAUAGUCGACAGCAGCAACAUGCUUUGAAAAUUUCAACUCAACUGGCACCGACGAAGCAGCAGGACAAGAAUUACAUAAUGCCUGACUAUGGAAUGCAAACACAUUUCGACACGGAUCCCCAACAAAUGCGAUACAACAUCGAGGUCUAUGCGAAUUCCAAUUUUAAAUACGACAAAACUCAACAGCACCAACAAAAAUAUCAGUCUUCUAGUCAGGUGAAUAUUCUUCAACAGGAAAAUGCGAAUUACAAUCCCGCCAAUAAACAGACCCAACAACAGCAACAGCAAACUUCCGUCAAGUCCAAGACUCAGCUUCAGCAAAUCCAACAGCAAAAUACCGCUCGGCCUCCUGUCAACUGGAUGAUGACUCCAGAAAUUAAACACAAUUCCAAUAUCACCGACAUCAUUCUGCCGCCGAUUGGCAAGGAUCUCGAUUUUUGUCAAAACAAUCUCUUCUCACAAACUCCAUCCUACAAUCAAAGUACUUCAAAUCAGUUUUACAACAAUUACGAUGUAACUACUCACGGCUUUCCAAAUAUUUCCGUUCUCCAAACGGAUCCAAAGAGAAUGGAUGCAAACUUCUAUCCGGAGGAGCAACCCUUCUCUUGGUCUCCCACUAAAAAUAUUACCCAAAAUGACCCAACUCAGACUAUAAAGCCGAUUGAUCAUCAAAUAGUUCCCUCGACUUUGCCCACUUUGGUCGGCGAUUUAGCUUUGGGAACGAAUCUCCCAGAGAAACAAAACUUUCUCUUCGGGCAAAUGCCCAUCAGAAGUUCGAACAACGAGCAAAAGGAUCAAGCCAAAGAGAAGAGACUUUCGGAAGAUCAAAGAGAGUUUCAGAUGAUAAACACGAACGUUCAGCACACUUCGCAGGGAAUGUCCUUCUUGUCCGUUAGUCAACUCGUGGAGCACGAAAAGGAAAAGAACCUUCACCAACAGCAACAACAGCUUCCCCAACAACAACAGCAGCAGCAGCACCAACAAACGCGAAAACACCAGCGAAAGAGCAAUACAAGUCCGAGAAACAGUGCCAAGCGUCAGCUCGAACUCCGAAAACAAAGUGUCCACGAACUACAACGCGAAGAACACAAGUCCACCUUCGAUCAAAGUUACCAACAACAAGGGAAGUAUCAACAAAACGACAUUCACUGGCGGAGCAGAAACUGCAAGAGCAACUACACAGCGGAAGCUCUAAUCAGCACGAACACCAGUGUCAACGAGACAAGCGACAAGAAUUCGGCCAAAUACACCAACUACUCUCAAAACAAAUUCCCGACCGAUCCAAUGAUGUCAAUCAACUACUUCUCGAACGUCGACGACGCCAGCGGGUACGGCCAAGUCGUCAACCAGAAUUUCAACCACUCGUACGGUUAUACCUCGAAUACGAACAUAUACCCGACCAGUAACUUCAUCACAAGUAUCUCAAACACUCCAACAAAUUACAUGAUGCCACUUCACGAGAACUCGGACUAUUUGGAAGCAAACAACUUCCUGCUACAACCACCAACCACCUCGAACAUUACCACCCCAACUCUGGCGAACAAAAAUCAUCAACACAUUCCCGCCAGCAAACACCAGAAUUGUACAGACAAACGUCUCUACCCUUCGACGCAGAAGAAGGGAAAACGCAAAAACGACGGAGUGCAGAAUUUCGAACUGCCUCUGUCGGGUAUCACUUCCCCAUUGGACGAGUAUCAUCAUACGACACAUUUUCUUCCGCCGCACGCGAACCCUCUGUAUCAGAAUCACCCUCAGGCGAACGUCUAUCCGAAGCCGAUGAAUGCGCUGGCACCGCCACCUCCACCGCUGCCUCCGGCACCACCGUCGUCGGCGUCGCUUCCACCGGCGAUUCCCUCCGGGAAUGGCAUUCCUUCCACGUCGGGGAUAUCUUCCAGCAAUCCCAUGACCGUUGGCCAUCAUCCCUCGGGCACCAGUCUCAUCAACUUUAACUUGAGCACCAUAUUUCCUGAAAUGAACGACAAGAAUUGCUACAAGUCUUCUGCCAAUGAAAUUCAGCCUGGAUUGGUGCAGUCUUCCACACACGCGCCCACGAGUUAUCCUCAACGCUCCAGUUAUACAAAUUCACUAGUUCACAUGUCGCAGGUUCCUGAAACAAUGCAAUUUACCAGCGACGUGCCGCCGCCGCCUCCACCACCACCUUUAUCGGGCGUCGUUCAUUACAAGAAUCCUUGACGAACAUCGCAAAAGUAUCGGCAUUGUCGAGGAAAGGAAAAGCAAAAUGUCAAACACUCUGAAAACACAAUGGUGCUCAAUGAUGUUUUGUAUAAAAAUGUAUAUAGUUAGAGCUCAGCUUUAAUAUUGUUAUUAGAAAUAAUAAUAAUAAUAAUAAUUAUUAUUAUUAUUAUUAUUAUUAUUAUAGAAACAUAAAAUACCAAGUAUUUUAAAUAUUAUUAAAUUAUUAUAUAUUAUUCAUUGUGAUUCAUCUUUCAAUCAACAAUGUACAUAAAGACAAUAUCUCAGACUAGUGCGAACAAGCCGAGAAACAAAUUUAUUUCAAAUAAUUAUAUGAAUAUAAUUCUUUAUAAUUAUUUAUAAUUCUUUAAAUCAAUUAAAAGUUAAUUUCAUAAAAUCAAUGAUUCACUUGUUUGUCAUUUUUUUCAACAAAAAUUCCGGUUAAUUCCACGUUUCAAAAAGAGUUUAGAUUUUUAUUGGGCUUACAUUUUUAAUUAAAUAUAUAUGAUUCAGUUGAAUUCAAUUCAACUGACAACUUUUUCAAUGAAUCAUUAAAUUAUACGACAAACAUUAUGGAAAAGUUAAUAAGUGACAAUAAUCAAUUGGUGUCAAACUGUUGUGAUUGUUUUGACCUUUACACUGCAAGCCAAUUCAUUUUGAAAAAUUUCAAUAAUUAAUUAAUGUGUUCAACAUUGGGAAAACAAACUUUUACCUUUUGUGAUCUCUUAGAACAAGAAAUUAAUUUUUGACACUUUCAAAACAUUCGAGUUGAAUGAUUGACAGCGAUAAUGUAGAAAUAUAUUGAUAAAAUGAGAUUACAGAUAUAAAUGGAAGGGGAAGACAAGAGGGAGAUACUACUAGAAUAUGAACGAGAGAAAAUUACAGGGAAAUCAGUCUACGUCGUACAAUAAUAAAAUAUGUUAUAUAGUAUAUAGAUAUAAGGAAAUUUUGUGUUUUUACUGUGAUUUUUAUUAUUUUCGUCUUUUGUAAUGACAGUGAAUUCGAAGGAUCAGAAUCAUCAGAAGUGUAAUUUAUUAAAAAAUUUAGUUCAUCAGAAGAGUGAGG